GUAUGUUGUAGUUACUGACAACAAGUAAGAACUUGUGCACGACCUCUCAAGAACUGAUGACGUAAUCACAUGCGGGAAGGCUAUUAAAGAGUUGGAUUGAGAGCGUGUUGGCGGUAUAUAUUAGAUGGAAUGGAGAGGACAGUUGGCGCCAGUACCAGGUUGCCUCAGCAAGAUUGAUCAUACACAGUGACAGAACCUCUUAUCUACGGCACUGUUUGCCCCAGAAGCUAAAUUAAUCACUGUAAACAUUUAAAACAAAAGGUUUCUGUGUCUAGCCAGUGACGGUCUCAUUUUUACUUGACAUUGGUACAGGAAGCAGUGUCACAAUUAAGCUGAGCCUAAUUUGAUGAUAAAAGCAGCGUAAAGGAAGAAACAACCUUCUCUGGUUACAAAAGUUCUGCUCAUUGCUUGAGUAUUUGUCUUAAAACAUUAAAAAUAAAUUCAAAUUUUAAAAUGGUUUGAUAAAAAUGAACUAUCUUGAAAAUUCCAACUUCUAAAAAAGGGAAAAAACACAGACUUUUCUUUAAAAAAAAGAGAAUACAACAAAAAUGAAUAGUAAGAUAGAAAAUGGAGAAAUUCCCGAGGUUGAAUUUGAAGUUCAGGAAGAACCAGUGGAAGAAGACUUGACGAAAUGCAGAAAGUGUCACACCAGCUGCCUGGAGUGCUGCAGACCUGUACUGGCACAUCACCAUCCGCUGUCAGACAACCCCAGUUUGCUUCAGCGCCUGCAUUUUGCCUUCCUAUGCCCUCCCCAUGGUCGGAUUGGUGCUUGCUUCUUUGUGGUUUUGGUUGGAGCACUGUGGUGGGGUGUGCUGUGGUCACUCACUGGGGAUGAUGCCUUGCCUGGAGGCAACUUCUUCUCCCUCCUUCCUCCUUUUUUUUUUCUGCUGGUGUGGAGGAUACCUUGUCAACUUGGUGAAGCUACCGCCCCUUUAGGAAUGCUGAUUGUAGGAGGAAUUCUAGGCAAUGUGCCUGGCAUUGACAUUGCCAAGGACAUAAACCAAAGCUGGGGAUCUGGAGCUAGGCAAAUAGCACUUACUGUCAUCCUGAUUCGGGCAGGACUGGGACUUGAUCCCAAAGCACUUCGACGUCUGUCCUUUGCAGUUCUUCGGCUGGCAUUUUCACCUUGCCUAUCAGAGACAGUUGCUAUUGGUGUUGCUGCAUAUCUAAUACUUGACUUUCCGUGGCCUUGGGGCUUUAUGCUGGGGUUUGUAAUCUCGGCUGUCUCACCAGCAGUGGUGGUUCCUUCGUUGCUGUCUUUAUCAGAACGUGGAUAUGGGAUAGACAAAGGAAUACCAACACUUGUAAUUGCAGCUGCAAGUCUGGAUGAUGUGCUUGCCAUUACUGGAUUUGGUGUUCUGCUGGGAAUUUCUUUUUCUACAGGUGACAUUGCAUGGAACAUCUGUAAGGGACCUUUGGAGGCAGUUAUUGGAAUUGUCUAUGGAAUGCUUGGUGGCAUCAUCUUGUGGUAUAUUCCACAAAAGAAGAGUAGACAUCUGCUGUUGUUUCGAUCUGCAAUGUUGUUGGGAGGAGGAAUGCUGGCUGUUUUUGGGAGCAAAAUGGUGGACUGGGCUGGAGCAGGUCCCUUGGGUUGUCUGACCAUUUCCUUUGUGGCUGCCCUCCGUUGGCGAUCUGAAGUGCCAAAAGGCAAAAGAAAUCCUGUCGAAGGGGUUACAGGUGUCUUGUGGAUGAUCUUCCAGCCUCUGCUGUUUGGUCUGAUUGGGGCGCAGGUCAAUAUAGCAUCUUUGGAACCAGAAACUGUUGGGAAAGGCAUUGGUGUCUUGACAAUUGGACUGGUAGUACGCAUGGUUGUAAGUUUUCUGGCAGUUUUUGGGACUAACCUCAACCUCAAGGAGCGUUUGUUUAUUCCUAUUGCCUGGCUGCCAAAAGCAACUGUGCAGGCAGCCAUUGGUUCCCUUGCACUUGACACGGCAAGAGAUAAUAACAAAACAGACCUGAUUCCACUCGGUGAACAGGUUUUAAUGAUGGCUGUAUUGGCCAUUUUGAUAGCAGCACCUAUUGGUGCUGUUGUCAUUGCACUGGGAGGGCCACGGAUGCUGAAACAUUGUCCACACACAGUUUCUUUUGAUAUUGAGAAGUCCUUUUUGGAAGGGGAUAGGGUGAAGGGUCUAACAGUGAAUGAUGGGACGAAUUCAACACUUCUCCCACAAAAAUAAAUUUGCAAUGCAGAUAAAUUCAAUUCUCUUUAGCCAUUUACUUGCUGUGAACAUCCAUUUUCAUCUUCAAACUGGAAGUAGGAUCAUUCUGUGUGAUCAGUAGUAUUUUUGGAGAAAACACACUGCUGAAUACCUUUUAUAGAGUGAGAUGUUCAACUGCUAUUGAAAGUCUUGCUUGCAGUCUUUAUGUGGUUGCUGAAAGAUUUUAGAAAUAUGAAAGAAUUAUUUUGCAUUUAUAAAUCUCUUGGUUCUAGUUUAUUUUUCAGAUAUAUUAGACAUGCUGUUUCCAGAGCAAAAAAGAUACAAAGUUUUCACAUGAGAAUUAGCAUGAAUUUUCUAUUUUGAGGAUUGACAGAUGUUUUAACAAACUUCCAUUUUGCUCACCAUACACUUUAUGUCUACCAAUGUAGAUGCCAAGUUAAGAGAUAUACAAGAGCUAGGUCAGAACUGUGCACAGUUAGCUUCACAAAACAAGUGAUUAUAGCCUUUAUUACAAAUCUGUUCAUUAUCAGCAGUCUAUUAACGCAAAAGAUGUGAGCAGACAAAAGAGCAGCUAAGAUUUUUAAUGAUUUAUUAAGCCAUUCAUUUCUGCCAUUCUGCUGAUCUUGCAAUAAUUGCCUUCUAGGGGUGCCAGAUAAACAAUUUGGUAGCUAUUUUGACGAACUAGUAUGUUUACCACUUUCCAUCUUACAGAAUAGUCUUAAGAAUGAGCUUGUGCUUCAUCCCAUCUGCUUUUAUCAUAUUCACUCUAAGAUAAGCAGUUUGUGGCAAUGACUUUUAGAUUAACAAUAUUAUCUACUGUUGCCAUGAAAAUAGUCAGACUGACGUCCAUUUUUUUUCAUCUAAAAAAAAAUAUCAGUCCAAAUUUAAAUACUAUUUCUAUAUUCUUAUAUAAGCAUUUUGUAAUUUUGACAUGGUAUCGAUCACAAAUUUAGAUCAUUUAAAAAAUAUUCUUUUCAAAAUUGGUUCAUAUACUUUUCUUUGGAAAGACCUAUUUUUGAAUAUUUACAUUUUUUAUUCUACAUAAAGCCUGUCUCUGAGUAACAUACAGGGGUUUUACUGUUGAAUGAUUUUGCUUUGUAAACUCUUUUUUAUUUUAAAAGUGCUUUGGGUUUUAUUUAUAUGCAUGUUUUGUAUUCUUAAUUAGAGCCUUUUGUUUUCUUGCUGAAAAAAAGCAAAAUUUUUUAAAAACAUGUAGUCAUCUUUUAAUUAUUUUAUCUGUGUCAUAGAUAAGUCAUAUCAAUAAAUAAUUUGUAUGGUUUGGUAUGUUAAUAUACACACUGGUGUGUUAAUUACUCAGAAUACAUUAAGUUAUUUUUCCCAUCAAUGUUGAUGUCAGUGUUGCAUACGCAGAAUAUAGUCAAAAUAAAAGUAACCUGGGUAUAAUAUUUUAGCAUGUUCAUUUUUAAUCAUUGGAAACAUUUUUCUGGUGGAGCUUUCAUUAAGUAUGUGUGAGAUUCAGAAGUAGAUGUUCAAGAAAAUAAACUGUGAUCAUUUUUGACAAAGGUUAGGUGGGAAAAUGUUUGCUUAAUGAUCAGAAACAUGCACACAUGUACUUUGGUGUUUAUUAUUGUUUUUUGCUGCUGAUGGUAGCAAAAUUUAUACAUUGCUACUCACACAUUAUAAACAUGUUAUCUCUCUCACACUCACACAAGAUAAUGUUUUCCUUGUGGCCUAAAGCAGCCGAUCUGAGUAAUUAACUGAGUGAAGAGCAGUAAUAAACUAGAAAGAACUGCCCGUUUCAUAUAGACAAAGAAAUUCUACCCAUGACCAUACAAACUUUUGAAAGCACAAAAUUAGAAAUAAAGACAAUAUUUUCAGUUCUGCAUACCCCAAAUCUACAGCCUUAAAGAGUACUCAUUGUCUGCAACCGAUCUGUCUAUGCUACAUAAAUGCUAUGGACUUGUCUGUGAUAAUACUUUAAAAGUGAAGAGCUCUUUUGUUUGAUGACUUUUUGUAGUGA